GCUAACCUAUUCCCCGGGUUCGCGCGCCAAGACCGGGAAUUCGGGCCACCUUUUGGCGAAGACGAGCCAGCAGCCCUUGCCUCACCCGUGACCCGGCCGCUUAACCUGAGUUGCCGGGCCCGGCGCAGGAAUAUCCUGUGUCUGGCGGCGGCCGCUGCGUCAGGGAGGGUGUUGUGAGGCUGCGUGUGAGUGCGCUGCGGGCAGCCCUGAGCUUCCAUAUUAACGAGUCCCUCCGACCCCGCAUACCCACUGCGAUACCCACUGCCAUGCCGGGCAUGAUGGAGAAAGGAACGGAAUUCCUCGGCAAGAACCGAUCCAACGGCACGAAGAGCCCGUCCAGCGCCUCCAAUGGUCACUACUCCGAAGACAGCGGCAGCGACGACGAGCACGAUGUGGGCAUGAGAGUGGGAGCCGAUUUCCAGGCCCGGAUACCAGACUUCGAUCCCGGUGCUACCAAAUACACAGAUAAAGACAUUGGAGGAAUGUUGGUGUGGUCUCCUCAUCAUAAUAUAACAGAUUUGAAGUUGGAUGAAUAUAUUGCGAUAGCAAAGGAAAAACAUGGCUACAAUGUGGAACAGGCUCUUGGCAUGUUGUUCUGGCACAAGCACAAUAUUGAGAAGUCCCUCGCUGACUUGCCCAAUUUUACCCCAUUCCCUGACGAAUGGACGGUUGAAGAUAAAGUUCUCUUUGAACAAGCUUUUAGUUUCCAUGGGAAAAGUUUCCAUAGAAUCCAACAAAUGCUUCCAGAUAAGACCAUAGCAAGUCUUGUAAAAUAUUACUACUCCUGGAAAAAAACUCGGUCUCGUACAAGCUUGAUGGACAGACAGGCUCGAAAGCUAGCCAGCAAAAAUAACCCCGGAGAAAGUGAUGAGGAGGUAGAGGAGGCAAAUCCAAAGGAGACGAAUGACAGCGAUUAUGAUCCUAAAAAAGAAGCUAAAAAGGAGACAAGUCCAGAGACGUGCAUUCAGCCCGUGAAGGUUGCUCUUGGUAGAAGAGAAUACCAAAGUCUUCAGCAUCGGCACCAUUCUCAGCGCUCAAAGUUUCGCCCACCAAAAGGCAUGUACAUAAGCAAAGAAGAUGUUGUCGCCGUAUCUUGUAGUCCUAAUGCAGCCAAUACUAUUCUCCGACAACUGGACAUGGAGUUAAUCUCAUUAAAGCGUCAGGUUCAGAAUGCUAAGCAAAUUAACAGUGCACUUAAACAGAAGCUGGAUGGCGGCAUAGAAGAAUUUAAACCCGCAGAGUCAAAUCAGAAAAUAAACGCACGCUGGACCACAGAAGAACAACUCCUUGCCGUGCAAGGUGUCCGCAAAUAUGGUAAAGAUUUUCAAGCUAUUGCAGAUGUAAUUGGCAACAAGACUGUUGGUCAAGUGAAGAACUUCUUUGUAAACUACAGGCGUCGGUUUAACUUAGAGGAGGUAUUGCAGGAGUGGGAAGCAGAACAAGGAACCCAGGCUUCUAAUGGUGACGCUUCUACUUUAGGGGAUGACACAAAAAACACUUCUCAUGUGCCAUCAGGAAAGAGCACUGAUGAAGAAGAUGAGACUCAGACCAAUCAAACAACUCCUCCCACAGGCCAGUCUCCUCCGACCCAGUCCUGUGCCUCGGCUCCAGCGACCUCAGUGACCACCCUGAAUCAGCCUCCACCGCUCCUUCGACCAACUCUGCCAGCCGCUCCAGCCCUUCACCGGCAGCCACCGCCUCUUCAGCAGCAGGCCAGAUUUAUUCAGCCAAGGCCCACGCUCAACCAGCCACCGCCACCUCUAAUCCGCCCAGCUAAUUCCAUGCCUCCUCGUCUAAACCCAAGACCUGUAGUAACCACAACCACUAAUCAACAGCCACCGUCUCUUAUUGGGAUCCAGACCGAACAACAAGCUACAAUACAUUGAGCAACAGAGCAGACCUAAAUUCUCCAAAGGAAACAUUGUCUCAAAAACUCUAGAGAUGAGACAGAUAGCUUUGUCCCAUCAUUUUCAUCAAUCAAGUUCUCCAUAUUUAUUUAAAGGUGGUUGUAUGUAUAUAUUUUUUU